AAAAAAAAAAGAAGCGUGAGAGACUGAGAGAAGGGGGGAAAUAAGGCGCGAGAGAAAAAGGGAGGGGGAGAUAACAACGUUACGUGAAAACUAUGACUUCACGUCUGGCACUGUUUAGCACUGCGAGGCGGCAGAAGUAAGAUCGACGCGUGUUCAAAGUGUGUGUUAGUUUAUCCUUGAGUGUGUCUGCUAGGUUUGUUUUGGAUAUAGAUCUAGAUAUACAGUACAUUUUUUAACAGUGUAUUAAUACUACUUAAGUUGUUUUUUUUCUUUUAGUGAUAAAAGAUAAAAAUAACUCCAUUUUCAUUCUCUGAUUUAUGAAACGAAAAAAGGAACAACAGGAAUAUCAGGAUUUAACAACGCAAUUUCAUUUUCAAUUAUAAUAGGAAAGUUUGUAGCCCUCAGUGCAUAGAUCUACUCCCAGAUUUUAGUUCGCGUAGAGUGUUGAAUGUCUAUUGAUUUAUCGAUCGUGUGCCAGUGAUUGAAUCGGGUUAUAGUUUAUUCUCCUGUGACUAGUCUAAGUCUAGUGCGCGACUUUUCAAGGAAUACUAUUUACACACUAGUGGACUGCUUAGUACAGCUUUGUUGUGAACAUUGUCUGGAUUAUAACUUUGUAAUAUUUCUAACUUUUGUCUGCUGUAAAAGUGUAGACAAAAAAUGGCUUGCUUUUAAGUGUUUUGCUGAAUGUGAGCCUCACAUGUAUGCUGUCUCGUUAGGAGAGCCGUUUUCUUAAUCCAACCGUACACGUCCAUCGCAUCAAUGACCACAGGGGACACCAUGUCGAAUCUCUAUGACCCAAACUUGGACAGCAAGCAGCCAUUUCUCAAGAACAACAUUUCCGCGGCCGGAAGCUCCACCGGGGUCUGCGGCGCAGGCGGACACAACGGCAGCGCCAGCAACGGGAACAACACCGCUUUCUCCAACGGGCUGAACGACGGAUCCGGCGCCCCCAAACUGAACAAUCGCUUGGACGACUACCAGAGCCUUCAGAGCACGGUGGCCAAGCUCAGGGUCUGGCUCUUCGCCAUCACAGGGGUGGCCAUCGCCGGCUUCGUCAUUUUGAUCAUAGUGGUCACGUGCCUGUACGCGACCUUGAACUACGACCUGACACACCACAAUCACAAACCCAAAAUCGGGGAGCAGAUGGCGGCUAUUCUGGAGAGGGAAGAACUGUGCGUUCCUUGUGAAGAUUUUCUGACCGGACCUAGUCCGCAGGAGCUGUCCAAGCUGAAUAGGUUCACAAUGAAAGACACGGAUACAGGAGGCAGGGACUGUUGCGUUGACCAACCCUUGGAGUUGUUGGAACUAUUAAAGCUGCAUAUAGAGAAAAGAUUUAGACAAGAAAUGGCUAAAGGUACAAUGAACAGGUGGGACAAGUUAUCCAGGCAAGAUGCUCCGAGCAAUAACUCCAAAGUUCUAAAGCCGGCUGCUCACCUCAUGUACAUUAACCAGGACAUGACGAAUGUGGCACAAGUACACGGACGUCAGUAUACUAUAGGCAAGUGGCUCCACGACGAUGACAUCGCCUUUACGUACCAAAUAGACUACAGACAUGGCCGGCUGGUCAUUCCUGAAGAUGGCCACUAUUACAUCUACAGUCAAAUCUCCUUCAUAGAAAUGUUUGAUGUCCAAAACAAUGAGGCCUACGGCAGCAGAAACGGGCCUGAGGGACCCAGUCUUUCCCACUACCUGUACAGGUACAAUAUUCUCUACCACAACGGGGGCGAGGAAAAACUUGCCCAGAACUCCAUCACCAAAUGUUGGGGGCAGAGCAAGACCUUUGGGGAGUACACCAGCAAUCUGGGCGCCGUCUUCUAUCUCCGCAACGCCGACGAGAUCUUCAUCAAAGUGUCCAACAUCUCUAUGAUCUCCUCGGACCCCAAACUCAGUUACUUUGGACUUUUCAAAGUUUAACCUUUCUGUCUGUUGUGUUGGUACUCAAGAACCGGAACUGAUGCUUUUUGAGAGCGGAGUGCUUUCCCCCUUGGAAUCUUCUUCGAAGAGAAUGGGCAAUAACUUGAUGUAAUUUACGUUUCCUGACUGCCAUACACAGAAGGUGAAACGACAGACGUUGAUAAUUGUAUAAACAUUGUUUUAGAUUGUUUAAAAAAUUCCUAUUGCUUUGAUCAGACGCUUAUACAAUGGUUAUUGGCUAUUUUCUGUAAGAUUAUGUAACGAUGCGUGGUGUUAGUAUUUCCCUCAUUUCCUAUCUAGUGACACUGGUUUGUGUUUUUGUUUAAUUGAAGAGCGUUAGAGAAUUAUUGAGAGAUUGCGUGUACUGAGUUAUCUAUAUUGUUUUUUUCAAUGUGUUCUUUGCCAUUGACUCUACAUGUAAUCGCAAUGUAUUUGCCAAUGACUGCAUGUAAUCGGAAUGUAUUUGCCAAUGACUCUACAUGUUAUCGGAAUGUAUUUGCCUAUGACUUUACAUGUAAUUGAAAUGUACUUGACAAUGACUCUACAUGUAAUUGAAAUGUAUUUGUCUAUGACUACAUGUAAUUGAAAUGUAUUUGCCAAUGACUCAACAUGUAACUGAAAUGUAUUUGCCAAUACCUUUAAUUGGAAUGUUACCUUCGUGAAUUAGAGUGCCAGCAUCACGAUGGCGUGACCCAAUAAUGCAAGUCUCUCGGGAUUGUAUUCAGACCUAAGAUGUCAUCAAUUUUUCUUUGUUCUUUUUGCGCAUGUGCUGAAUAUGAUGAUAUGAAAUGAGCAUUAACAUUGCCAGGUUUUCAAGAAAGUGGAGUGCAUUUAUUUAUAUUGGAGAAAUUUUGUGAUGUGAUUUUUUUUUAAAUUGUACUACAACAGUCAAUUGAAACUCUAUUUCUAUAGCUUGAAGAAGAUUGUAUUUAUUCUGUUACAUUACUAGGCGAAAACGAAUGCAAAAUUUUGAAUGGUUGCAAAGAUUUUUUUAUGGUGGAUGUCUGUUGGUUACCGUAGCCUGUGCAGUUUGUUUGUUUUAAAUAGAACUGCCACAAAAUGUUUGUUUGUAUAAUGUAUUACAUGUUUCGGAUGUUCCUUUUAGAGUUGAAGAUAAUUUACUUCCUAGUCCAAACUUCCCGCAAUAUACUGGGGGAUGGGAGCCUGCAAUGUUUGAACCUGGAACCCCAUAAAUUCUAAUAAGGUCCUCUCCCUCCCUCUCACUAUCUGUUCCCUCUCACUAUCUAUCUAUUUAUCUAUCUAUCUAUUUUAUUUUUUUUAACUACAGACUGGGUCACACUGAUAAUAUUUAUACUAGUAACGUAGAAUUUAAAGUAUUGUAAUAUUUUUAAAAAAAUCAUUUUUGGUGGACAAUGAAAGACGGUGAUAUUCCAAUUUUACUUGUGAAAUAAUGUUGUUGUUGUUUAAAUAUAAAAUAGAAAUAUGAAUGACAUCUUUCAUUAUACCUACAUGUUUCAACAGUCCAACACCAAGCCAAAAAGUCUCUUUAUCAGCAUAAACUUUGAUGUAAUAGUUUUACACUUAUACAAGACUAGCCGGAUAUAACCCGCGGGCCUUAGUUGAAAUAUUACUGAUCUACUGGUUUGAAUUUAGAUCUAUGUCAAACAUGGAGAAUGUUACCUUCACAUUUUUUUUCCUUGCCACAAAAAUAAAAGAAGAGUGUGAAAAUGGGUUUACCCGUUCAACAGACAUAUUCAUGUCAAAUAGAAAAUGAUGUGAAAACGGUCGUACCCGAUUUGUUAAAAAGUUUGGCAAAUACGGCUCCUUAGUUUGAUUUUAGUUCUCAAUAUUUCUUCUCCUUCACAUAAGACAAAAAACGUAAAUUCCAUGUUUUCACAACAAUUAAGGUUAACAGGAAAGGAAGUGGCGAUGGAUUGGUCACACCCUUAGAAAAGAUACCAACAACAGAGCUAGACAGGCCUUAGAGUGGAACCCCCUCGGAACAAGACGUAGAGGAAGACCAAAACAGAACUUGAUGAAACGGAGAGAACAGGAAAGAGCUGGGAAGCCAUUAAAAAACUGACCAGAGACGGUGGAGCGUGGCGUGUUUUUACUGAGGCUCUAUGUUCCAUGAGGAACUAGCAAGAGACCGUGGAGCGUGGCAUGUUUUUACUGAGGAUCUAUGUUCCAUGAGGAACUCAAAGGAAAGAUGAUGACGGUCAACAAUCUCCAAAAAUUGUUCAAACUUGACGAUCAUUGGGUUGUCUAAUGCAGGGGUCGGCAACCUUUUGAGUCGGAAGAGCCAAAAAUUAGAAUUUACACAAUUUUAAAGUUUUUAAAGAGCCACAACAUUUACAUUUUUUCUUAACAACAAUAAAUAGUACUCACACAAUAUUUAAUGAAAAAAAAAAGCGAUUAUAUUUAUUCAUAUAUAAUUAGUGUUUUUCACAACAAAUUAUAUAAUAUACAUAUCAUGUAUUAGAUAAUUAUUAUUUUUUUAUUUCGGUAUUAACUAAAGAAGUUCAACAUUUACUUACAACACUAACUUGUACUUCACUAACAAACAGGUGAGCAAACAAAUUCAUGGGGGAGGGUGGUGGUGACAGGCGAGUACAAGUGGCUCAGAGAUAGAAUCGGCGCCUAAUUUUCGUUAAACGAUUCGGAACUAUUUUUUUCAAAUGUUUCGAUAAAAUAAAUAAUAUUUGCGUAUGGAACUAAAGAGCCACAGCUUCACACCCAAAGAGCCGCAUGUGGCUCGCGAGCCGCAGGUUGCCGAUCCCGGGUCUAAUGUCAUCUGUUAUAGACACAUGUAUGUACAAGAAGUCCUUGAUAUUGAGAUUUUCUAGACAAUUAAAACCAUGAAUUGUUAAAAAAAUAUGUAAUUUAAAUGUCCUUAAAGGUCAUAUAUUUGUGUUAUAUAAUUGGUGAACAAAUUUAAUAAUAAUAAACAUAAUUGGUACGAAUCGUGGUGUUGAACUGUCCCUGUUAAAAAUUGGUCUAUUUCCUUUAGGUUCAUUUGGUGUGCAAGAGAUUUCGUGUAUGUAUGACGUGGCCUUUUUUUUUUUUUUUUUUGUUUUGAGCCUAAUGUGUUGUGUUUCUGAAGUAUUUCGUUUCAAUAAAGGAAAACUAGAAGCCUCGUAUGUACAUUUAGGAUUGCAAAACAAUGUAUUGAAAAUGUUUUUUUUUUGUUGGCGUUAAAGUCUGCUUCAAGCUCUGUAAGAGCCCUCGAGAUGCACAGACUAUUUCUUAUAAUACUUAGGAUCUGCUUCUUGAAGUGUAUCAUCAUUCAGAGGCGUAUCCUUGGAAGAAGCACGCUUGUAAUGUACAGAGGCGUAAUCUCCAAACAAACACGUUAGUACUCGCCUUAUCAACAUUAGGAAUGGUCUUUACAGAAGGAGCUGUCUUCUUUACAAGAGGAGAGUCUCUUCUUCUGAGGAGCCGUCUUGUUCACGGAAACAGUUGUACUUACGGGAGAGGCUAUCGAGGCGAACGAUUCUUUACUUUCAUCCCAACUCUCCCCCAAGUUGUCAAGGGAAUAUGCUGGAGGAGAAUUUCAUACAAGUAGACUGUGUUAUCAGGUCAGGACAAUGACGUUCAAACUAGGUAUGGACGUGUAUACGAGUUUUGCAAAAUAUAUAUAUAUAUAUGUAAGUCCAACUUAUCGUGGUGUGAGUCCUUUAAGUUAUAAGGCCGAUGCUGCCCAGCAUUGUUUUAAACAAACUAAGUUUCUACAGAAACCCAUAUUAUAAUAAUAUUUUAAAAUAUUGAGAUCUAAUUAACGUUUUUUUAAUACUGUAGGUGUAGUUACAGAAUGGCCCACGCUGUAAGAAGUCUGUGUAAGGCAACUAAGAUACCCCCCCCCCUCCCACGCUUUUAUCAAACAUUGCUUCCACCUCAUUGGACAGUUUUGUCUUCGCCCUUGGAUAGCAUGGCUUUUAUUUUUCCUCAAACCCCCCCCCCCCUCCUUAUUCAUUCCAGAGAUCCCAGCAUCCAUUGCUAUUGCCAUUCAUCUGUACAAAGCCAACACGUUUUUUUUUUUUUGCCCUUUUGUUCAUGUGUAUUUCUUUUUGUGUAAUGGAUCAUACUAUGAAGGAUAGUUUAUCUUACAAGAGUUGUAAUGUUGGCAUUGUCGUGAUAAAUAUAUGCAUACAUUUCUGUUACAACAAUUAGAACACCUUGUAGUUAUAUUUUAAUAUGUAUAGAAAGAGAAUCACCCGCCAAAUUCAUAUAAGUUAGUUGAAUGAUUGUAUUUUAAUGUAAUGUACCUUAAAUCGUGGCUGAGCAUUAAUAGCAAUCGUCUGAAAUUCUAAAAGCAUGGUUUGGGUCUGAUAUAAUAGUAUACGCCUGCAUUACCAAUUAUAGUUCAUUAAUGUCUAUACCGAAUAUUGUGAUCUUAUUAACAAGUUUGUACCGUUGCUUGCAAUUUAAUUUUUUUUUUUUUUUUUUUGGAGAACGAAAAGGUAAAGCUUGUUUGUCUUAGUCUAUUGGUAAUAAUUGGUAUGUACAUUUAAGCAUGUAAUUUAUUAUUAUUAUUUUAUUUUUUUAAUUUUGGCUGUGAAUUGCUGGAAUUGAACGCUAUUAUUUAUUGCCCCGUGAGAAUUAUCCCCCUUACUAUUAGUAACAGAUAACAAAAGCAGAUGGAAAACGACUACAUAAUAACAUUUUCACCGAUUUAUAUGUUUUUCGCUUUGUGAUUAUGAGUUUACAAUGAUUUAGUUUUUUUUGUUGUUUACGCGUCCUUAUUGUUAUGUUAUUUUCAAGAAACAAUAUUGAAUUAACUCAGUGAUGCCUAACCUACGACCCGCGGGGCAUAUCCGGCCCGUAACUAGAUGCCACGCGGCUUCCGUAACUUCUUCUCACGCUGCAUGAUGUAGCCGGUAAGAAUCGAGUAUACUUUACUGGAGCGUUUUUCUUUUCUGUAGGUCAUAGGACUAGGAUCUGUGGGUCAUUUGUCUAGGAUCUGUAGGUCAUUGGACUAAUAUUUGAAUGUAACCAAUAAAUUGAAACAUUAAAAUAAAGGCAUUAAAAACGCUAGAGUUUGAUCUACUCAUAGAAUUCACCUUUUGAACUAUCGUUAAAUUCUCGAAGACAAAACGACACGAGUGGCUGCUAGCGUAGAGGACGUUUCUUAGAUGUCAUGUCACGUGACCAAUGUUUGUUAAACACUUUAAAGAAUCGUAAAUUCGAUAUAAUCGUUACUCCGAUUAUUCCCGAGUUCGAUAUUUUCUUAGUUCAAUACAUUCUUUCUCAUCCAAAUGCAGAUACUUUCUUGACUUUAUAUAUAAUUUUGUUUCAUGUUAUAUUAGUCUAAAAAAAAAUGAAUUCAUAUUAACAGCGUCUAAAGAUAGUGUUUAUAUCUUCGCUUAAGUGGCGUCCCUUGAAAUGUAAAUAUUUUAAUUUUAGCAGCGAACGUCUUUUGAGUUUAUAUUCGUUUGAAGCUGGGUUAUUUGUUAACAUGUAUCUUAUAAAUUGAAGUUUUAAAGAAAGGCGUAAUUAGAUGUUCGUCUGGAGAACCCAGGUACGAAAACACAAGCAUCCUGGCUAUAACGUUUUGAGUUGGAGUGUAUUUUACUGAUUGGUAAGGACAAGUGUGAUAUGACUUAAUGAAAGAACUAAGUCAAUGAAAUAAUAGUGACUUUUGUGAUUAGUUAUCUGUUUAAUUACCAUCAUCAAAGUUAUCUAUUUCUGUUCUACCGCGGGGUAGUCCUAAUCACUUAAAAGAUAACAUUUUUUUUUAAAUCAAGUACAUUUUUUUAAAACUUUGAUGACAAAUUGUGUGUCAAUUUUUUUUUUGGACAUUGGACUAAGUUCUGGAGGUCUUUCGACUAAAAUCAUAAGUCAUUUGGCUAAGAUCUGUAGGUCAUUGGACUAUCAUCUGUAGGUCAUUAAACUAAGAUUUGUAUGUCAAUGAUCUACGAUUUAGUGGGUCGUUUGUUUAAGAUACACAGUUCAUUGGUCUAUGAUUUUAUGUCAUUAAAUAAGAUCUGUAGGUCAUUGGUCUAAGAUCUGUAGGUCAUUGGACUAAUAUUUCAAUGAAGUGCAUGAUCUGUAUUUCACUAAUACACAUACUCAAGAACAUUUAUUUUUAUUGUCGUAAAUAUUGAAUAAAUUUUAAAUACUUGAAUGAAAUGCAGUGAUAUGGAAACUGAAUGAUGUGUAUGUUUUACUUGACAAGCAUCUCCAUGUGAUGCGGUAAAGGUAGCAUAAGCACUGCUACAAUAUGCUGUCAUGCUGCCACCAACUUUAGAUCAAGUUCCAACCGUUUUUCUACUACAGGGGCGAAUCAUUUUUUUGAUAGUCCACUCGUCAGUCUGGUACAAAUUUGGUACAUGUUUUUUUUAUCUCCCACUUCCCGUCCUGGACUCAAGUUGACACUUUGCACAAGUAUUUAUUGUCCCUAACACAUAAUGAAUCAAUUAAAAAAAUCAACCAAUUAGUUAAAUAAUGUCCGAUACAUGGCGGCCCUUCGAUUCAAAGAAACCGUACCUAAUCGGUUCAUGGAAGGUAAAAACCCUGAAUCAAGGCGGUAAACUGGCCUAACCUUUAAAAGAGUUUGUUGACACCUACCAGCUUGACGUCCUAAUAUUUAAUUUGUUUUUAUUUUGAAAAAGGGAAAUAAAUCUUACCAUGAGAGAUAAAGUAUUUUUAUAUAUUUUGCUUUUUUAUUUUUUCGAUAGUGGCACAACUUAGGAGGACGUUAUCAAUUAUUUGUUAGAUUAUACACAUAAAUAGAUUUGUACAUCGUAAGUAGGUGUCGAUUUGAGAGAGGAUAGCGUACCCAUAACUAUCAAAAGUUAUGCAUAGCCCAAAAUGGUAGAUUGAGGUUUUAAAAUACACCGAUUUUUCACCACAGGUAGACAAAAAUCUAAAUCUAAUUGUAUUUUCAAAUGUCAUUAAACUUUUAGUUUACGAGAUUAUGCAUAAUAUUUAUAAUCCAUUCAGCAUGUUCUGCGCAUUAUUAACACUUCACUUAUGUUAAAUGAUUUGUAUACAAUUUAUUAUCGGCCAUAAUUAUUUUUUUCGUGUAUCAAUUUAUCUAGGCGGAAAAUACAAAUGGAUGUUGAGGCGUUGUUAUAGUUGAAAGAUCUAAAACAAGUGUGAUUGGUCGGCUGUAAAGCUGUAUCUUUUUUUGUGAUUGGUUACCUGCAAAACUAUAUAUACUUCAUGUUUAUUUUUCUUUACAACUAUCUAAACCUGUUAGUUAUUGGCUGAUCAUUCAUCAAUAACGAUUUGCGAUUGAAUGUAUUUAAAACUAUUAUUCUUUGUGAUAGGCUGAAUAUUUAAUGUACUUUUUUUAUAGCUAAUUCUUUAUUGUCGCUGUGUAACCAAAUUUUUUUGUAUUAUGUUUGUGUGGUCCAGCUGUUUCUGCUGACCGAUCGCUCUGUCCAGUUCAAUACUGACUAUUUCGUGUGGACAAUCUCCAUAUCUAUACAUAAUCUUAUUUAUCUUCGUAAACAUGUCAUGGUGAGUUCAAUAGUCUGCCAUGGUGGAAGUGGAGUUGGUGCAAUCCCUGGAUCCCUAAACUCGUUUUCUGAUCACAUGUCAAUGUGAUUUUAUUGGCUUAAUAUUUUCUCUACGAUAAGAUACACACACACACACACACACAUACACUCACAAAGGAACGGGCACGCACACUCGUAUCUUCCCAGAUUAUUACUGAAGAUCUCAGUGACAUAUCCGGGCCUGUCUCAGGUCGUCUAAGAAGACAGCAGAAAGCACCAUUGGGCAGUCGUUGCAGUUCGAAACGACUUAAAUGUAUGCAAAAAUACUUCUUACGUUGCAGUUCUCUUGACUUAAAGGAAACUUACAAAGGACAUAUGUAAGUCAAUCCUGAACACUGUAAGAAUGCCAUGUGUUAAAUGUAUCUUUGAUUCAUUGUUUUAUAUGGACUACUACUUCUUGUUUAGUGACCACUGAUUACAUCAUAUCCUUUAGAACGUUACUCCUUGACUAUGAGACUGACUUGACCACUGACGUGCUUAGGUCUCUAAAUACUUAAAUCUAAAUAUUGAUAAAAACUUGCCCCUUUUAGCUCUUGAAUCAAUGCAACAGAGAUUGUUAGAACAUUUUCUUUGCCCUAUUUUAUGCAAAUUCCUACAACCAAUAUAAUGUUGCAUUAAUACCACUCUUUACAAUGUUAAAAUCCCUUCAUGGAGGCACGGUAUCAGCAACAAUGAUGCUAAGCUCUUUCUUCAGUUCGUUAAAAAAAACACAUUUUGUUCAAUUACAUUUUUGGACAUGACACUAAUACAUAACGAAUGACUUUAAGACAAGGCUGUCUUACUCUCCAUAGUUUGACUUCUCUUAGUUGUGCUGCGAUUUAAAGCAACCAUCAAUUUUGAAAUGUGUUUUAGACUUUGCAUCUCAUUUUUCAGCGAAACUCCUUGCGUCUGUGAAAGUUUCGUAUUCCAUUUAAAAAAAAAAUCAUUUUUAACUUUACUUAUGAAUAGAGUUUCUUGUAUAACGCAUACCAUCAUUUAAUUCACCUCAUAAUGUGUUUGACUAUAUACCAAUGAAUUCAUGUUCAUAUGCAGUAGCUUCAGCAUUCUCUUGAACACACAAAAUUCCAAAUCCUGCCCAGUUGACGUUUGUCUAUUGAAUACAUGUGUAUUGAGCAUCUUGUAUUGAGCGUCUUGUAUUUAGCAUCAUGUAUUGAGCAUCUUGUAUUGGAGUGCAAAAAAUGUCUACGAAAUUUUGUCAAUAAUUUUUAAGCUCCGGUAAUAUUUCAAGCAAUCAUUGAAGGCUUUUACUUCCACCAUUCUAUAGUUUUUGGUCAUUUAUUUUUUUUUAGCUAUUUUGUUUUAGUAGUAAUAGGUGAUGUUAUUUUUUUUAAAUAAUAAUUAAUGACAUAGUUAAUUUUAAAUUCAAAGAUUUGUUUUCACCACAUUGGAUGAGUAAGAAUGAAUAUGACGCUUAAAACGCAACUCUUGAUUUUUAAAUUAUCCAGCGAAUCGUAUGCCUACAUAACGUGACCUUUUUUCGUUUACUGUUUUGCAAGAUUAAUUUUAAUUUGUGAAAAACUACCGUACAUACUCCCCAGCACCGGAGAAUGGAGAGAGAGUAAUUAUUUUUUUCAUAAUCUGUUUUUUAAAAGUGUAGAUAUAUCCAUUCAAUUGCGUCGUCCAAAGCAUAUUUCAUAUAACAAGUUGAAUUAAAUUUUAAUUCUUUUUGUUAGUAUUUUAUUUCGAUAUGUUAGCAUUGACAUCACACUUGAGAAGUGACUAAUCAGUCAUACGUGCUCUUUUAUACAUUUCUAUAGACCGGACUUGUUUGAAAAGAAAGUUUACAGUAGACAGCAUUCCGAUAGUCUCGAUAGUAAAGUUGUUUUUUUUCUAAUCAAAGAAAUGUCAUCUUUAUAUAUAUAUAUAUAUAUACAUACUCUUCAUCUUUAAAACUUGGUCAAAAUUAAUUGUUACGUUAUCUAGCAUCUGUAACAAAUAGUCACAUUGUGAGCCAUCAACAUUUCGCUUAGAUUGAAGACAUUUACGUUUGAUUCCCUUGGACGAACUGGGGUUACAAGAAGCUCAAAAAGUUUUGAUUGUGAAAUGUUUUACAUUAAAAGCAACUUCGUAACGCGUCACUUACAAAAUCGUAUGUGACAAUUUUUUUUGUCGCCUGAGUUUUCAUUUUAUUCACCAGCCCUAACAAUUUUGUUUUUUUUUUUAGUUUGUAACGCAAGUCUGAAAAAACAAUGGGGGAAACUUGUUCAGUCACUGUUGAAGUAUUUGUCAUGAGCUGACCUAGGACCACCAUGUCCUUGCUAACAUCUGUUUGACGUUAACUAAUCCUUGUUAUUUCUUGUUCUCCUAAUUCAAAUGAUGUACAUGUUUAUGUUUUCUGGCCUGCCAGAGAAUGGAUAUAAAGAGAGCUUGGUGACUUUAGGGACAAAAGAUCAUUGACUGAAUUUCGGAGGUCCUGAUUGUUGGUGUUUGUGAAAUGGAUGAUUUCAAUUAUUAUUUUUUUAUCCUUAUAUUAUUUUGUAUCUCUUUGCUUUUAUUGAAUAACUCUUAUUAUCUGAAAUAAAUAAAUGAUGUGAUAUUUUUUCCAAACAAA